GCCCCCGACCAAGGGGUGGGGAGACGGAAAUGGAAGUGGUCUUCUCGCCCAGGCUCGCCCUUAACUUGGCGCCAGCUGAAAAUAGCGUUGGGGGCGGAGCCCAAGACGGUGGUCGCGUGGGCGGUGGAGGUCCAGGCUCCGACCCGGAGCUGCAGCAGGGUGGUGGCGGCCCGCUGACCCACUCUUGUUUAUGUGUCUGUGCCCGCACAGGGAGGCAUGGAGAACUGUUUGGCGGCCGCGGCGCUGAACGGGGUGGACCGGCGUUCCCUGCAGCGCUCGGCUAGGCUAGGUCAAGAAGUGUUGGAGCGGGCCAAGAGGAGGGCGGUGGACUGGCAUUCGCUGGAGUUUCCCAAAGGUCGCGUGAGGGUCCUUUCCCGGAGGCGGCUCUACCAAGAAACACGGCAGGCAGCCGGCCCCCAGCAGCUUCUCCCAGGAGAGAGAGAAGAAAGACACCCAACCCUCAAUGCUUCCUUCAGAACAAUGGCUGAAUUCAUGGACUAUACUUCAAGUCAGUGUGGGAAAUACUAUUCAUCUGUGCCAGAAGAAGGAGGGGCAACCCAUGUCUAUCGUUAUCACAGAGGAAAGUCGGAGCUGCACCUGUGCUCAGACAGAGAGAAUGGCCAGAAAAAAGACACAUUUCUUGGUCUUGGAGGCAUCUGUCAAGUGUCAGAGUGUACUCUGGAGGCAUCCCAGCCUGCUCAGAACAUCUCCAAGGACCUCUACAUAGAAGUAUACCCUGGGACCUAUUCUAUCACUGUGGGCACCAAUGACUUAACCAAGAAGACUCAUGUGGUAGCAGUUGAUUCAGGACAGAGUGUGGACUUGGUCUUCCCCGUGUGAUAUUGACCAUCACAGCCAUCAUAGCACCUUUUUUUAAUAGCAAGAAGAAUAACGCCACCAUGUGAUUCUCUUAAUAUUUACACUGAAUCCUGCUUUUAGCACUGACUGUAGAAGGUCGGCCUUCCUGGGAGCUGGAGUUUCUCUCUUUUAGUGCCUAUUUUAACUUGAAACUCUGGAAGUCCCCUACCCUUUUUAGCCUAAAAAUAAUAAUGUAAUGAUGUUGUCUGAAGAGUUUUUACUACUUCCUUUUCAAGUGAAGGUCAAUUAUGGUAAUAAAGGGAGAGAUUUGGAAAUGAAGAGAAUUCCUUUUAAUUGGUAUUAAGAGGUGAAACAAAACGUCACUCAUGUACAGCUAUGCAGAUAUGAAAAGAUGGCAGAGAGGCUGUGGACACAUUUGCUCAAAGCAGGCAGACGCACCCUGUAGCUUCUGCAGAAGAGACCUCUUCAAGUAGCUCUCAGCAGGGCCGCCAUGCUCCUGGGCCCCUGGGACGGGUGCCUUCCUGCUGCUCAUCUUCAGGACAGUCUGAACAGGGUGAAGACCCUGCUGCUUAUUCCACUGUUCUCAGUGGCCUGCACUCCACGUAUUUCCACGGAAGAAGGCCUGACAGCCACUUCGUGACUCCUCGUCAGGUGUUCACCACCAUGACUCUAGCUUCCUGUAAGAGGAGAAAAUCCUGAGAGUCUUAUGCUGACUGUUUAAU